GAACAGGAUAAUCGCUGCAGCGCUGCUGCUCCUGCCCUCUCCCGCUGGCUGGAACCGAACCGCUACGCACGGCGGCGGCUUCCUCCGCCGCUCCCGCCACCGCGCCGCCCCUUCCCGCAGGGCCCGGGCCAGGCCCGGCGGUGCCGGCAGGGGGAGGCCGCGGGGGCAGCCGCUGUCCCGCCGGGCCGGGGCCGUGGGCCCGCUCGCCUGAGGCGGCUCAGCCGAGAGGGGCGCUGCGGGCGGCGGGGCCGCGGCAGCGCUCGGGGCUCCCCGGCAGGACAAAGGUUGGGGCAGCUCCCGCACGGUCCAAGGGUCGCUGCCUGGGGCCGGGGCUCGGCGCUCCCAGCACCCGGGCGGGCGCCGGAGCGGGAGCAGGAGAGCCCGAGCGAGCGUGUGCGGGUUCGUUCUGCAGGCCGCGACCGCGCAGAAGGAGUCCGUCUGCCAGACACGAUGUCUUCUGGAAACGACUGUCACCGCCAGACAUUGACCAAACCAGCCCUUGGUGAAGGAGAAGUAACUGCGCUGGUGGACAGGGUGUUUGGGUUGAAGGUGUCUUGGGUCAGGCCGCUCCCCAGCUACGACGAUCAGAACUUCCACGUGCGUGUCUCAAGAAGUGAAGGUGCUGAUGAAGGUGCUGAUGAAUAUGUCCUCAAAAUCACCAACUCGGAGGACAGCCAGGAGCCCGACCUCAUUGAAGUGCAGACCCAGGCCAUGAUGUUUCUCAGCGCCAAAGGCUUUCCAUCAGCUACUCCUUAUCUUACAAAAGAUGGUAACAUCAUGUCUCUGGAGUCAGAUGGUGGCCCUGGGAACAAGAAGUACCUGGUCAGGCUGCUGACUUACCUGCCAGGCACGCCGGUAGCAAAGGUUGCCACAACCCCUCAGGUGUUCUAUGAGAUUGGUAAGCUUGCUGCCAGCCUGGAUACAGCUCUCGCAGAGAAAUUCCAUCAUCCAUCAGUAAAAAGUCUGCAUCGAGGUCAGUUCAUCUGGAACCUGGCGAACGUUCCUCUGCUGGAUCAGUACAUUUAUGCCUUGGGCCAGAACAAAUACCGUGAAGUUGUGGAACAAGUCAUUGAGCAGUUCAAAGGGAAAGUGAUACCCAAGCUAAGCAGUUUUCGAGCCUGUAUCAAUCACGGAGAUCUUAAUGACCACAACAUUCUAGUGGAGCCCAGUUCUGCUUCCCUGGAGCAUCCUCCUCAGUACAGGGUGUCGGGCAUCCUGGAUUUCAGCGACAUGAGUUACGGGUAUUACGUGUUCGAAGUGGCCAUAGCGAUCAUGUACAUGAUGAUCGAGAGCUCGGACCCUCUGCGCGUCGGGGGGCACGUCCUGGCGGGCUGCGAGAGCGUCCUGCCGCUCACUGCGGCGGAGCGCGGCGCCCUCUUCCUGCUAGUGAGCGGGAGGUUCGCGCAGUCCCUUGUCAUAGCCGCGCACACGGCCCUGCUGUACCCCGACAACACGGAGUACCUCAUGAUCACAGCCAAAACCGGCUGGCGGCUCCUCCGCAGCAUGUUCGAGGUGGGACAAGAAGCUGUAGAGAAGACGUGGUUUGAGACCGCCGCAGCGUACGGGCCCCGCGGCCCGGCCGAGCCGAGCGGCGGCAGCGCGGGUCACCGCUGAGUCCCGGCGCGGCGGCACCCGGCUCUUGCAAUAAAGGCGGCGCUGCUGGCGCCGGAGCGGUU